AUGGGAUCGCAGACACUUCCCUGCGUGUAUCACAUUUUACCAGCAGAAAAGCCGUCAGCAGUCAGGAAUUGUGAUGUCACAAAUGUGACGUAUGAUCCCCUCACACUAAACUGUACACCAGGUCAUGAUGGCGGUGUCCGCCAAACGUUUUUUCUGGAGGUUUUCGACAAAAUAACAGGUAUGUUACUGCGUAACAUAAACAACGAAGAGCCGCUCUUUGAAGUACCAGGACUUUCCACCAGUGGCAUCUUAGCGUUGUCAAUAAAGUCGUAUAACAGUAAAGGCUUAAAUUAA